AUGAACAUCAUCUUUAAACUAAUCAAGUAUCUUCUGGAAUGUGUCACCAUGCUUUUUGAAAAGAAUCGUGCAAGAUAAAAGUUUUUAAGAAUAAUCGAAAAAGAAGAGAACUAUGAGAAAUGGCAGUAAUUAGUGAAGGAACACGAUUAAUAAGAUUAUAUAUAGUAGUGGUUAUAAAAGGAGGAAUCCAAUUUAUAUCAAUACAAAUACAUUAAGAGUUUGAGUCAAAAGUUGAGAAUGGCAAAAUAGGAAAAGAAUAUCCCUCUAAUUUGCUAGCUGCUUAGAUAAAAUGCCAAUAGAAAUAUAGGGAAUAUUCUCAAUCCAAAACUCUAUUCUCACGCUUUCACAAAAACAAAGAAUUUAAUAGAAGAAUUUUAAGAAGAAUAUGAAAAAUGUUUAGAAUUUCUUUUUAACUCUGAAUUUCCAAAUAAAACUCAAUUUUUCCAAGAAUUACAAAAGGCCAUUGGUCAAACUGCAUUGUUAUUUUCAGGUGGAGCAAUCAUGGGAUUGUAUAGUUGUGGAAUAGCUAAUAUUUUGGAUAAACAGCAUAUUUUACCUAAAGUUAUGACUGGUAGUUCAGCAGGGGCUAUAUUAGUCAGUUUAGUAGGAACAGCAACAGAUAUUCAAACAAUUUUUUAACCAAAAUAUUAUGAUUACUCCAUGUUUGAACAAAAAACCUAAUUUGACAUUCUAGACAAGUUAAGUAGAUUGUUAACAAAAGGUUACAUGUUAGAGAAGGAACAAAUGAAGUAAUUUUUACAGAAAGCUUAUGGAGAUGUCACAUUUUUGGAAGCAUAUAAGAAUACAGGAAGAAUUAUGAACAUUAUGGUUACUGGAAAGGAUUGUUCAUCAUCUGAUUGCUUGCUUAAUUAUAUUAACUCUCCUAAUGUAAUAGUGUGGUCAGCAGUUUGUUGUUCUUGCUCUCUACCUGGAGUUUAUGGAGCCUCUCAUUUAUACUAUAAAAAUGAAGAAGGGGAAAUCUUUGAAGGUGAAAUCAAAUAUGUAGAUGGAUCAAUAAGUGCAGAUCUGCCUAUGUAAUAAUUGGCUGAACAAUUUAACAUCAAUUAUACAAUUGUAUCACAAACUAAUCCUUGGGUUUUCCCCUUUCUUACAUCUCAUCGAAGUGACCAUACUAUUAUUCAUAAGAUUACUGAUAAAUUAGUGCAAUUUAUUUUAGGGGAAAUUAAAUACCGAAUUCAGUAAAUUAUGAGUAUAGGAUUUCUGCCUAAAAUGGUGUGUAGAAUGUCUAAUUUAUUGAUACAAAAGUACGAAGGAAAUAUUACUAUCUGGCCUAAAUUCUUAUGGUUGGAUUAUUCAAAACUUCUAGAUAAUCCCGAUGAAUAUACUGUAUAGAGAAUGAAAGUAGAAGGUCAAAGGAGAACUUAUGAAAAAUUACACUUUAUACAUGCAGCUACUCGAUUGGAGCGAUGCUUAUCAAAAUACUUAAAUUGA